AUGACGACGACCAACUGCGCGCUGCUCAUCCGCAAGGACCAGCACGCGACCAACGGCGUAGUGCACCUCAUCAGCAACAUCCUCGACCCCUCCAUCGGCACCCUGCAGAACGUGGCCGACAUGGUGCUCAACAUGAGUGACGGCCGCUUCACGGUGCUGGCUGACGUGCUGCAGCGGAAUGGCUACAUCAACGUGCUGCGGACCAUGCAGGGCUCCGUCACCGUGCUGGCGCCCUCCGACGAGGCCUUCCAGAAGCUCUCAGAGUCGCGAAGGGAGAAGAUCAUCAACGACAGGGAGGCACGACUAGCCCUGAUCCAGAACCACGUCAUCCCCCACGUCAUCUGCGAGUCCGCGGUGACUGGGGAGCAUCGCGUGUCCACCGUCUCCAGGGACCGACUCACCUUCUCCUGUGACAUCUCAGGCACCUUCGUGGAGACAACCAAAAUGAGGGGCAACUUCAACCUGGGGCAGAACGGCAUCGUCCACAUGAUCGAUGACGUCCUGCUGCCUGAUAGAGCCAAGAACCUGCUGGAGCUGGCGGAGAGUCGUCAGUUGCACACCUUCGUCGACCUGGUGAAGAAGGCGGGGCUGGAGGAGACGCUCACCCACACCGGGGACUACACCUUCUUUGUGCCCGACGAGGCCGCCUGGUAUGCCCUCGACUCCCAGGUGCUGGAUGAGGCUCGGCGGGACCUGGACCUGGCUGGGCAGCUGGUCAGGUUCCACGGGGCGUACGGCCGACACCUGACCAACGCCAUCACCGACAACCAGGCCAUCAUGACGCUGAACGAGGAGGACCCGGUGCGCCUGCAAGUGUGGCGUCGCGGCCUGGGGGUGGAGGACGCGCGCAUCACCGAGCCCGACCUGGAGGCGCAGAACGGCGUCAUCCACAUCAUCAACAAGGUCAUCACGCCCUCCAACCAGAGCAUCGAUGACGUCCUCCGCUCUAUCCCCGGCCAGAGCUUCGAGUAG